GGCCCCGGCGUGUUCUGCUCCCGGGGGCGAUGCGGGUCUCACAGACACUGAUCGAAACCCCUAAAAUCAGUUGAAAAGUGGCUGGGUGGCACUCACGGAAAUCACGGGGCACUUUCACUUUCCCUGUUACUUCAUCGCAGACUUACAGGGAGCGAGACAGAGGCGGCUGAAACACGAAAGCAUCACUCACCCCAUGUCUUUAACUUCCCCGAGAAGGUCCCAGGAAUGGCAGCGCUCGGGGGUGGAAGAUGCGACAUGGUCAGCGGUAGGGUGGGAAUGAGCCCUGGCUGGUCGCUGCAUUUGAUGGCUCUGUGGACUCUCUGUGGAGUCGCUGGAGCACAGGCGUCCAUCACAGCUCAGUAUGGCAAGGACGUCACUCUGGGCUGCGCCUUCCACCACAUACCGGGGGUAAAACUCCAUCGACUGAACAUCACCUGGAAGAUGCAGAGAGCCGAGAGCGCAGCUCUCCUGGUUCACAGCUACUAUGGGCAGAGGGACCUGUGGCGGGGACGGGACAAGGUUUACCAGGGCCGGACGCAGCUGGACCCAGAGGGGAUCCACACAGGAAAUGCGUCCCUGCGACUCAGGGCUGUGCGCUUCCAGGACGAGGGCUCCUACCUCUGCUACGUCACCUCUGAGCUGGGAACCUCGACCCAGAAGAUUUCCCUGGCCGUGCUAAGGGAGAGUGAAAUGGAGUCUCCCAUCGUAGCUCGGCUGGGGCAGGACGUUACCCUGAGCUGCCCCUUUGAAUUCAGAUUAAACCUCCAGCCGUUGAACAUCACCUGGAGGAAGGAAGAAGCCGAGGGGCCGGAUCUCCUGGUUCACAGCUAUUGUAACGGGAUGGACACGUUGCAGAGACAAGGUGUCGCUUACAAGGGCAGAACACAGCUCCACCCAGAGAGGUUCCCUCAGGGAAAUGCGUCCUUGUCGCUAAGGAGAGUUUGCAGCCGGGAUGAGGGAUUCUACAUCUGCCACGUCCAGCCGGAACUGGGGCGGUUUUCGGUGCGGAUGCAAGUUACAGUCGAAGGCUUUGUGAGUGACUGGCCAUUAGCAGUUGUGUUCUCUGUCUUCUUGGGUUUAGCUCCAUUAUCAAUAAUUAUACUGUAUACUAUCAUUAAGACGUGCCGUCCUUCCCUGUUGCGGAGGUUCAGGACUUUUCAGUUUUGCUCCCAAUGGAACCAGCAGGCGGGCAGGGACCAGUCUGAGUCAAACCCGUUGACAGCCAGUGAGUCAGCAAAUCCAAACACAUUCCUGCCACCACCGGCCAGCUCCUUCCCGGAGACAGACUUGAACUCACAGACCUAUGGAGCGAUUACCAUCAGACGUUCUAGAUGCUUUCAAGUCAUGAAACCAGGUUCUCGGAGGAAGACACACAGUUUUCCAACAUCUUCGGCUGGCAACCAAAACAGCAUGAACUACAGGGAAGAGCUGCUACAGAUGUGGUUUGGGGAGAUUUCGACAUGCUCUCUGAAGGAGAAAUUGCAGAACUGAAAGCUGCUGUUGCAAGAAAUACCCCGCCGGGGCUGGCUUCUGUGCUGCAAGAGGUCAGUGAGGCAGUCAAGAAUGAAAGUCUCGCAGUUGCUGUCGUCGGAGAGACGGGAUCUGGAAAGUCAUCUCUUGUCAAUGCCACCUGGGGUCUGAAAGAACAUGAUGCAGGUGCUGCUGAGACUGGGGUGGUAGGAACGAUGGUGGAGCCUCAGGCUUAUGCACAUCCCGAACACCCCAACGUGACACUAUGGGACCUGCCAGGGAUCGGGACAGUGAACUGUCCCUUAGAUACUUUCCUUGGGCAGCGUCACUUCAGACAGUGUGACAUGUUCAUUGUCAUCUCCUGUGGGCGCUUCACGCACACCGACACCAGACUUGUGGAGGAGAUUCGAUCUCUGGGGAAGAUGUUUUACUUUGUCCGUUCCAAAGUGGACUUGGACGUGGCGUCUGCACAGAGAAGAAACGGCUGUGAGGAGAGCGCCCUGCGGGAAAUCAGAGAGGACUGUAUAAUGCACCUGAGAGGAGAAACAAAGUUUUCCUUAUAUCCA